AUGUCGUACGCCUUCCAGAGUCCGCGAGCCCAAGUCUCAUCGACCUUGCCACGAGCCAACGACGAUUACACGCACGACCCCUACUCUGCUGACCCUCAGCAUCAGUACGCUCCUUACUACUCUCAGCAGGACCACGACCACUACCGCGACGAUCUGGGUGACAGCCACGACAGCAAUCCGGCGCGCACCUUGCAUCGAGAUCAUCAGCAGAGCUACGACGACGACCAUCACUACUCGGACACCCGCGCUGGCGCUAGUGCAAUUGACGAUCACAACAUGUCGGCAGAGAAGGGCAACUACGGCAGCCCGUACGCUGCCAAGCGUGCGAGCGGCAACUCGAUCUGGACAAAGGACGACAAGCGCGCGUUUUCAUCGCGGAGCUGCCCUGCCAAGUUCUUCAGGAUCUUGAUCGGCAACCUGAUCCUCGCCAUUAUCUUUAUCGUGUCGAUCAUCCUUCUGAUCGUCAUGUUCCUUCGUCCACCCAACGUGGCUAUCUCGGGCGUGAGUGUGCCGAAUCAGAACGCGGUGAGCUACCAGAACGGUGCGUUCUCCUUCAACGUCAGUGUCGACAUCUCUGUCAGCAAUCCCAAUUCGAUCUCGGCCAACAUCAAGAAGCUCAACGCCACGGCGUACGAUUCGGCGGAUCAGUCGACUGCGCUUGGGCAUGGUCUUGUAACAAACCAAGCGAUCCGAGCCAACGCCAACACAACGGUGGUAUUCCCGUUCCAGAUCAGGUACAGCCAAAGCGAGGAUCCUGAUUUCAGCAUUAUUCAGAACAUUGCUUCAGACUGCGGUCUGACGGGCGGAUCGGGCGGCGGCGAUCUGAGCUUCCUGUUCAAGGUUGAGGUGGACGUUGAGGUGCUCAGCAUCACCGUGCCGGUCAACAUCAACCGCAACAUCUCGUUCCCGUGCCCGUUGAGCGCGUCGAGUUUGCAAGGCGUCCUCAGCGGGCUCGGCGGCUCGCUCGGUAACAUUCUUGGUGGGGGCGGUAGUGCAGGCCGUCGAGCCAUCACGGAAGGUGCAGAAGCCGACUACGGCGCAUUGGCUGACUUGGUCCGCAGACAACUCGCCAAGAGGGCCGCGAUCGACAUGAGCUCAGUGGAGCUGGUCGCUGCGGUAGCCGAUGGACUGGCGAGGCGGUAUGCACCUACACCGAAAGACGAGGGCAAGCGCUCGCUCGCCGAUGAGCACGAUGCGCUGUAA